AAAACCAUUUUAAUUAUUUUUCAGUGUAUGUGAUAUGAUUUGUUUUUCUCAGCUUUAUCCCGAGGUCAAGGUCUGCAGUUCAUUUGAACCAGCUAUCUGUCUCAUUUUUGUAAGAGUCCCAGGAGGCAAUGGUCAUACGUUGUAACUUCAGCCUUCAGAGACGCAAGAGUACAGGGUCCAGGACUGCGAUGGACAGCACGGAGCGCUCACAAUCUCAGCGCCUCUGACAUUGACAAGACUCCUUCAGGACAAACCAUACCCAGUCUCUGUCUGCGUCCUAAGCGUGUUCCACCGGAGCGUCCCAACGGAAUAAAAAGCACGGAAAACCUUCCGCGCAGCUGGGGUAACAUUCCUGAGUGUGGAGAGCUGUCACCGUCGGCGCCCGCUGCGCCCGGGCGUCUUUGCGGCAUCUGAAGUGAUGGCACCGCAGCCAUCGGGGGCCUCGGAGGCCCGGGGCCGGGGCGCACGUGCACGUCCUCGCCCUCCGGGGCCCAGCGGCGCGGGGCCAACGACGGGCAGGUGGGGACGCGGGUUCGGGUCCCCGGGGUCCGGGAAUUGGUCCCCGCGGCGUAGAGCCCGGCGGUUUUUCGGGAGUGUCGGCGUCAGCUGCGGCGCCGGGUCGCGGUGGAGACGCCGCUGGAGACGGGACCCCGGGGGCGGGUCGGGGGUAUGGGGCGCGCGGCACGUACCCCGACCUGCUCGGCCUCGUCGCAGAGCUGCAGGCCCGGCGGUACACGGCCAGGGCGCGGCCGCCUCCCUGCCGCGGGCGCAGGGGGUGCCGUCCCGCAGCGCGGGGACCGGAGCCGCUCCGCGUCGCGUGUGUUGGGAGGCGGCGACACAGCGAAUUCAGGAACCGCCGGGCCGAGGGGCGCUCCGGGGGGACCCGCAGGGUCGGGCCCGCAUGCAGCCGCCCGCGGAGCCCGCGCCGCUCCCGGGGCCCUCCGGGCGGCGGUGCUCACCCCCUGCGUGGCGCCGGGCAGCCGGCCGGGCGGCAGGGGCGGCAGGGGCGCGCAGGGCCCGGGCGCUGGAAAGCGUGGGCUUGGAGCCGGAUGAGACCGUCUGGCUCCUUCCGAGGGGCGCGGCGUGGGCGCGUGCCCGGCGCUGGGGCCGCGGCCGCAGGGCUGCCGGGCUCUGGGAGGUCAAGACUCAAAUGGCGCGGGCGAUUCCUGCCCGGGCAGAAGGCGAGCCCCCACGCCCCGCGCCCCGGGAACUCCGGGCAGCUCCCCCGCCGCCUGCCCCCGAGCUCUGCGGGCCGCGCGCCCAGGUCCCGCCAGACGCUGCGCGGAGCCCCGGGGGCGCGCGGGUAAGGCGCGGCCCGGAGUGGACGUGCUUUCGGUUAACCGAGGGCUUUGCAGGGGGACCCGGCGGCUCCGGGAGAGCGGACCUGCCCGCGCUCGGGGAGAGGCCGGGCCGGGAGGCCGGGCACGGCGCGCAGGCAGGAGCGCGCCCUCGCGGCUGAGCGGUCCUGCGGUGACUCCGCCGCGGCUCCCAAACCCGCUGCAGCCAUCCAGGUUUACGGCCGACCUGUGUCACCAGCGCAUAAAUCACUGUCAGCCCGCUGCGUCGGCGGGUGCCGCGCGCGCCGGUCGCCCUGGCCACGCGGGGCCCUGGGCAGGUUAACGCCCGGGGGCGCGGCGCGAAACUUGCCCACCCGGAGCACUGACCCCGAACCUUGCCAUCCGAGUCUCGGUGGCUCCAAAUACGCGUUGCACUUUCACAGACACGCAGCGGGGACUGGGGGAGAGGGUUCAGCAACCGAGCGUGUCUGCUCGCCGCGGCCUGAUGGUGGUCCGGCAACGCAAGCGCGCAUCCUCGGGUCUCAGUCUGUGCACGGGGAAGCCGAGCCCCGCAAAGUUAACGCGACUUUCUCUCUAGUCCAAGUGCUGCUCGAUCCUGAGGCUCUGGAUUCCCGCCCUCACCGCCUGGCCGGCUCCCCCAUCCCGCUGCUCAAAUGCAGUCGGUUUUAGAGAAACCAGGCUCUAACCGCGCGUGGGAGGAAGGGUGCACUGUUCGCCGUCGUUACAAUUUAUCAGUAAGUUUCAACGCAGUAUUUCCAUCGUCCCAGGAACGCACUUCAGAGCUUUCCUUAUUUUAAGCCUUAAAAUUUCAGAGAAGAGGAAUCUCAGGCGAUUGCACACAGAUCAGGCUGCUACACCCUAGUUCACCGACCAGCUCUUGGGCCCUUGGGCGGUGGGUCCCUGGCACCCACCCAGGCCAGGAAGGCAGUUCAGCGCCCAGGCGGAGGCCCAGGGCGUCGCGGGCUGGGAGGCCCGCGGUCAGGCAAUCAACCCUCACCUUCUCCUUCGCUA